CUAUUGAUCGCAGGCUUUAAUCCCAUUGUCAUGCCACAACUAAGAAACAUGCUCUUGACACAUUCUAUGUCCUCGACCGGUAACUCGACUACAACGAUAAAGGGAAAUCAGCAUAGAUAAAGCCGUCCUUGUCUUCAUUGCGACAUGUUACUGGGUAUAAAAUGCGCUGAAAAUACUGGUCCAACAUUCGAACGACAGUAUCAGCCGACCAGUUCCUAUUACCAAAAACAAAUCGCAAAGUCACAUAUACAACACAGACGCUGAGCGUUCGAACCCUUCCAAAGACUAAACUCUCUUCUUGAAUUCUCAUGCAAAUCAAGACUUUCAAGAUCGGUCGCAGCAUAGUCGGAAAGAUCCCUUAUCUGGACGAGCCAAUGAAUCCAAGCCGUUCCGUCAGGGACUCGUCCCCGAGGGGUGCCCGAGCUGUUCGUGCUGAGCCAGGCAUUUCGCCUCGCGCAAGAUCCACCUCGCCCUUUCAGGCGGGCUUGGUACCGUUCCCAGGAUCUCAAGCCGUGGCGGAUAGUGCUGUUGAGCAGUACCGAGCACCAGCCGUUGGGCCGCCACGGACGACGCGGGCUCAGCUGCAUCGUCAGGAGGAGAUGCCGCGAAGGCAGCGAACCAGGUCAUCGCGGGCAUCUUCCUCCAGUAGCAAUAGUAGUGGUAGUAGUUCAAGCAGCAGCAGAAGCAGCAGCAGCAGCAGCAGCAGCAGCAGCAAUAGAAGCAGCAGGGGUCCUUCGCACGCGGGUGGUGCUUGCAUCCCCCCACGCCACGCCCUGGAUAUUGAAUCCCUCAUGCAGAGCCUCGACGAGCUGUGGCUCCCGGACCCGGCGGUUAGCAUCGACGACGACCACGAGUGUGUGCCCGCCUACGACGACCGGGAGAACUGCUUCAAGGACCCCAAGGUCACCUUCCUCAUCGACCGGCCCCAGAACAUCACCUGCUGCCUGUGCUACGAGACCAAGCUGCAGAUGAAGCCGUCGGCGGACUCCCCGAGGAGCGACGCCGACACCGUCAUCCUGCCCUGCUCGCACGCCUUCUGCCGCGGCUGCCUGGACCGGUGGGUUGAGGACCACCAGUCGUGCCCGUCGUGCCGCCUGCGGCUCGUCCGCGACUGCGGGCACGCCAUAGAGCCGCGGGUCAUUGCCCGCGACACCAUCAUGGCGCUCCCGCCCGUGCUGGACACCACCGUCGACCAGGGUCGCCACAUCUCCAGGCGCUGCUGGACCUGCCGGGUUCGCGACCAGGCCGGCAACUUCGCGCGUGUCGUGAAGCGGUACCGCAGGUGUCGCCGGGAGCUGGCCAAGUGCGCAGCCGCGGGAGACGACGACGGUGAUGAUGGUGGGAGAGCGCAGGAGGCGAAGGCGGCCUACGAUAAGGCGAAGAAGGACUUUGGACAGUUUUCCAAGAAUACUACUUACGAGAACAGCAUGUUUGUCCACAGCUAUUGGUAAGUAGGAUUUUUUUGUGUGUAUGGCGGGGUGAAGAAAUAGAUCUCCAUGACUGGAUGAGCUUCGUUUGUUUAUUGUUUACUUGUUGAAAUAAGAUUAAUUUCGAUCAGCCAGCGGUGAUUUCAAGAUUUAUUGACCUGAUAGCAAUUGUCUGUCUCAUGGAAGGGACAAGAAAUGGUCACAAUUGAAUUCAAAAUGCGCAUUGAUAUGCCCAAUCUGCAGCUCAACCACACAAUUUUCUAAAAUUUGUACUACUGGAUACUGUCAGGGGUGUAACAAUUGAGGCACUAUAUACAAUC